AUGCGACACCUCCAAACACGGCUGGAAGGGAUUGUGUGUGAAUGUGGAGUGAAAAUGGAGGAGAUGAAAUUAUCCAAGGAAGUUGAAGAAGGGGAGAUCGAUGAAUUUACUAAACAGAGACGGUUACUGUACCUUCAGGUCUGCGAAGUCGAAAGGAUGUGCGACGAGCGAGCAAGAGAGGAUUCAAGAGGAGAGUGCACUGCCGUUGUUGACUUGACUAUGCAGAUCAGAAAGAAGAUCAACGACAUCGAAAAGGUGUUUGACAAGAUGAGAAACGUGUACCACCAAUACGCACAAGAACAACUGAAGAAAAACAACAAAAACGACGAGAAAAUGCUUCAGUACCGGCUCUCCCUCAAAAGUGCGGAGGAUGAAAUUGCAACAAUGAGAACGAUCGCGCUGAGAGGGAAAAAGGUCAAUGACACAUUUCAUGUUUCUGGGCUCGACGCGUAUCACAUGGGAAAAUUGCCACAAAGCGAAGACAAAAAGAUGCGAAAAGUCGAGGAAAAAGACUUAGAAAUUGAUAACAAAUUAGACGCUGUGCAUGUUGGACUGAAAGAACUCAGAGAAGUCGCGGAUGGGAUGAAUGAGAGAGUCGACGACCAAGAGCUCAAAAUUGGACUGCUGCAGACGAAAAUUGAUGAUCGCAAUGAAGAUUUUGAAAAGAAGGAUAUCAAAUUGAAGAGAAUUCUCUCUCACAUCUACGGACCAGACAAAACGUGUUUUGCGGUCAUGCUGAUCUUUGUCAUUUUUGGGAUUGUUUCAACGUUUGGGAUGCUCUUUUUGGUGAGGUAG